AUGGCGACUUUCGCACGGCCUGUGGCAUCCUCCAUUGGAGGGGUCGACUUUGGAGUCUAUUCGAAUGAAGAUAUCAAAACUAUUUCUGUAAAGCGAAUUCACAAUACUCCGACUUUGGAUUCUUUCAACAACCCUGUUCCUGGUGGUCUAUACGACCCAGCUUUGGGCGCAUGGGGUGAUCAUGUCUGCACGACUUGCCGCCAAAACUCCUGGUCUUGUACUGGCCAUCCUGGACACGUUGAGCUACCCGUUCAUGUUUAUAAUGUAACGUUUUUCGACCAGCUUUAUCGGCUACUUCGAGCGCAAUGCGUCUAUUGCCAUCGCCUUCAAAUGUCCCGGGUCAAUGUGAAUGCAUAUGUAUGCAAAUUGCGACUUUUGCAGUACGGAUUGGUCGACGAGACUGCAGUCAUAGACUCGAUGGGAACCGGGAAGACAGACAAAAAGAAGCCAGCGAAGGAUGGAGAAGGCUCCAGCAGUGAGGACGAGGACGAGGACGAUUUGAUCGCCAAGAGAAACUCCUAUGUCAAGAAGAGCAUUCGCGAAGCGCAAGCUUCGGGGAAGCUGCAAGGCCUGAUGGCUGGCGCAAAGAAUCCGAUUGCCGCGGAGCAGAGACGAGCCGUUGUCAAGGAGUUCUUCAAGGACAUCGUGAGCAUUAAAAAGUGUACCAACUGCAGCGGUAUUUCGCCAGCUUACCGGAGGGAUAAAUACUCGAAGAUUUUCAAGAAGGCUUUGCCCGAGAAGUCCAGACUUGCUAUGGUACAGGCUGGAUUCCAGGCACCAAAUUCCUUGGUCCUCCUCCAGCAGGAAAAGAAACUUAACUCUAAAGAGAAGAACGGCGCCUCGGAUACAGUCAGUGUGGCUUCGGAGCCCCACGGAGCAGAGGAAGAAGUUGCUCGCGGAAAUGCCGUUAUAACGCAGAUGGAGGACAAGAAUCAAGCGGCCUCUGAAUCCCAGCAGUAUAUGCCUUCACCUGAAGUUCAUGCCGCGAUGGCGCUACUCUUUGAAAAGGACGGAGAGAUCCUCAACCUUGUGUACAACUCUCGACCUUUGCCAAAGAAGGAGUCCCGAGUCAGUGCGGACAUGUUCUUCAUUAAGAAUAUCCUGGUUCCCCCGAACAAAUACCGCCCUGCUGCUGCGCAAGGCCCAGGCGAAAUCCUCGAAGCUCAGCAGAACACACCCUUUACCCAGAUUUUGAAGAACUGCGACAUUAUCAAUCAAAUUAGCAAGGAAAGACAAAAUGCGGGUGCUGACUCUGCCACUCGGAUGCGGGACUACCGUGACCUUCUUCAGGCAAUCGUUCAACUCCAAGAUACAGUCAAUAGCCUUAUUGAUAAGGACCGAAGCUCCCUGGCUGGACCGGCGGGAGCUGGAGCUGCGAAUGGCAUCAAGCAGAUCCUUGAAAAGAAGGAGGGUUUGUUCAGAAAGAACAUGAUGGGUAAGCGAGUUAACUUCGCUGCUCGUAGUGUCAUUUCGCCAGAUCCCAACAUCGAGACCAACGAAAUCGGUGUUCCGCUGGUAUUUGCCAAAAAGCUGACCUACCCGGAACCUGUCACCAACCAUAACUUUUGGGAAAUGAAGCAAGCAGUAAUCAAUGGCCCAGACAAGUACCCUGGUGCUGCUGCUAUUGAGAAUGAAGUUGGUCAAGUCACAAAUCUCAAGUUCAAAAGCCUGGACGAGCGAACAGCACUUGCAAACCAGCUACUUGCCCCGUCUAACUGGCGAAUGAAGGGAUCUCGCAACAAGAAGGUCUACCGCCAUCUCACGACUGGUGAUGUCGUUUUAAUGAACCGUCAGCCUACGCUGCAUAAACCGUCCAUCAUGGGUCACAAAGCUCGGGUUUUGUCAAAUGAAAGAACCAUUCGCAUGCACUACGCCAACUGUAACACUUACAAUGCUGAUUUUGAUGGUGAUGAAAUGAACAUGCAUUUCCCCCAAAAUGAGCUUGCUCGUUCGGAGGCUAUGAUGCUUGCUGAUGCUGACCACCAAUACCUUGUUGCGACGUCCGGCAAGCCUUUGAGAGGUUUGAUUCAGGACCACAUCUCGAUGGGAACAUGGUUCACCUGCCGGGAUAGCUUCUUUGACAAGGAAGAUUACCACCAACUUCUCUACUGCUGUUUGCGACCAGAGAACUCCCACACCAUUACGGAACGGAUCCAGCUUGUGGACCCGGCAAUCAUUCGACCGAAACGUCUUUGGACCGGAAAGCAGGUGAUUACGACGAUCCUCAAGAACAUCAUGCCCCCGGGCCGCGCUGGUCUUAACCUGAAGAGCAAGUCCUCAACACCCGGAGAACGAUGGGGCGAAGGCAGUGAAGAAGGAAACGUUAUCUUCAAAGAUGGAGAGAUGCUUUGCGGUAUUCUUGACAAGAAGCAAGUUGGUCCAACUGCUGGUGGUCUUAUUGACUCCAUUCACGAAGUCUAUGGACAUACCAUUGCAGGAAGACUCAUUAGUAUUCUUGGACGACUCUUGACCAGAUUCUUGAACAUGCGUGCGUUUACUUGCGGUAUCGAUGAUCUUCGAUUGACCAAAGAAGGCGAUCGUGUCCGCAAGGAGAUCUUAAGCAAGGCUGCCGGAAUUGGUCGUGACGUUGCGCUGAAGUAUGUUACUUUGGACCAAAUCAAGGUUCCCGAUGAGGAUGCCGAGCUGCGCCGACGUAUGGAAGAAGUCCUUCGAGUUGACGAGAAGCAGAGUGGCUUGGAUAGUGUUGCAAACGCCCAAGGUGGCUCUCUUUCUUCCGAGAUCACUCGGGCCUGUCUCCCCAAGGGUCUUGUCAAGCAGUUCCCGCGAAACCAGAUGCAGUCGAUGACAAUAUCCGGAGCCAAGGGUUCUGCUGUCAACGCAAACCUGAUUUCCUGUAACCUGGGCCAGCAGGUUUUGGAAGGUCGACGUGUCCCCGUCAUGAUCAGUGGUAAAACUUUGCCAUCCUUCAGAGCCUUUGAAACUCAUCCCAUGGCUGGUGGUUACGUGUGUGGUCGCUUCUUGACUGGUAUCAAACCCCAAGAGUACUACUUCCACGCCAUGGCCGGUCGUGAAGGUCUUAUUGAUACGGCUGUCAAAACUUCUCGAUCUGGUUAUCUGCAACGUUGUUUGAUCAAGGGUAUGGAAGGCUUGAGGGCGGAGUAUGAUACUUCAGUCCGUGAGGCCUCCGACGGUUCCAUUGUUCAGUUCCUUUACGGAGAGGAUGGUCUCGAUAUCACAAAACAGGUGCAUCUUAAGGAUUUCGAUUUCCUUGCUUCAAACCAUAAAUCAAUCAUGUCUCAAGUCAACCUGACCAAUGACUACCAAACUUUGGCCAAGGACGAGGUCACAAACUGGCAUAAGGAUGCAAUGAAGAAGGUGCGCAAGACAGGAAAAUCAGAUGCUAUGGACCCCGUGCUGUCGCGCUACCACCCUGGAGGAAACCUGGGCAGUACAUCUGAGAAAUUCUCUGCCGCACUCAAGAAGUACGAGGAUAGCAACGAUGACAAGCUUCUGAAAGACAAGAAGAAGAACAUCGAGGGUGUCAUCACUAAGAAGGCCUUUGAUACUUUGAUGAACAUGAAGUAUUUGAAAUCGGUUGUGGACCCUGGUGAGGCGGUUGGAAUUGUUGCCAGCCAAUCUAUUGGAGAGCCCUCGACCCAGAUGACUUUGAACACCUUCCACUUGGCUGGACACUCGGCAAAGAACGUGACACUGGGUAUUCCCCGAUUGCGUGAAAUUGUUAUGACUGCCAGUGCUCACAUCAUGACCCCCACAAUGACGUUGAUUCUGAACGAAGAGAUGAGCAAGGAUGAUUCUCAGAAAUUCGCAAAGGCCAUCAGCAAGCUUAGCAUUGCGGAGAUUAUCGACAAGGUCCAAGUCCGGGAAAGGACUACAUCAGGCAACGUGAAGGCCAAGGUCUAUGACAUUGAUCUCACGUUCUUCGCAGCCGAAGAAUACAUGAAGGAGUAUGCCAUCCAAAUCAAGGAUGUGCAGAACACUUUGCAAAACAAGUUUAUCCCCAAAAUUGUGAAGCUCACUAGAGCCGAACUCAAGAAACGGGAUGAUGAAAAGUCUUUAAAGAACUUCUCGGCCGCUCAACCUGAGAUUGGUGUCUCUGUUGGUACCAUCGAGGAGGCUCCUCGCGGCCCUGACCGUGAAGGUGAACCUGCUGAUGAUGACAACGAAGAUGACGAGGACGACGCCAAGCGAGCCAGAGGUGCUCAGAACCGCUCGAACCAGGUUUCUUAUGAAGGCCCCGAGGAUGAUGAAGUUGACAUGGUUCGACAACAAGACGCCUCCGAGGAUGACGAUGACGACGACGAGAACGACAAGCCUCAACAAACACGCGAUGUGGAGAUGAAUGAUGCUUCUGAUGAUCAGGACUCAGAUGGGGAAACCAAGGACACCAAGCUGCGAGAGGAAGAUAUCAAGGGCAGAUUUGCUGAAGUAACACAGUUCAAGUUCAACCCCAACAAGGGUUCUUCUUGUACUAUCCAGCUCCAGUAUGACAUCUCGACCCCUAAGCUUCUUCUGCUCCCUCUGGUCGAGAAUGCGGCCCGCAACGCCGUUAUCCAGUCCAUCCCUGGUCUCGGUGACUGUACAUAUGUGGAGGCAGACAAGGGCAAGAACCAGCCUGCCCAGGUCAUCACAGACGGUGUCAACCUGCUAGCCAUGCGUGACUACCAGGACAUCAUCCAGCCCCACAGUCUCUACACGAACUCCAUCCACCACAUGCUGAACCUCUACGGUGUCGAAGCCGCCCGUGCAUCCAUCAUCCGGGAAAUGCACGAGGUCUUCGAGGGUCACAGUAUCUCGGUUGACAACCGUCACCUGAACCUGAUCGGUGAUGUGAUGACACAGUCUGGCAGCUUCCGUGCCUUCAACCGUAACGGCCUCGUCAAGGAUAGCUCGUCGCCUUUGGCCAAGAUGAGUUUCGAGACGACAGUCGGUUUCCUCAAGGACACCGUGCUUGAGAGGGACUUUGACAACCUUAAGAGCCCCAGUAGCAGAAUCGUUGUCGGUCGCUCUGGAACCGUGGGAACUGGUGCAUUUGAUGUUCUCGCUCCUGUAGCAUAG